AGAGGUAGCAGAAACAUCACUACCCAGAAUCCUCCUCUGCCGCAUGCGCUUACCGAACUCCGGCCCAAAGGCGUUGUUGGUGUGAGGUCGAAGAUGCGUUGCACUCCGGUAGCAUCAGUAACAUCUCAGCUGUGCUCAUAAAUUAAAACCGGGACACGGAGGAGGAAUACCACCGGUGUUUGCGGCUCAGCGGUGCCGGUUCAUCUGGGCGGUGAAAUGGGGGACCAGAAGGAAGCUCUCAGUAGGAUCACCAACACACUGGCCAUGAAGAAUGAGGAGAUUUCAAACUUCAUCUGCGCUCUCAAACAGAGCCUUGACAACUUAGAGGUGAACUCCAACCGAGUGCAGGAAGACCUGGAGUCUGAGUUCAGCUCCCUCCACUCUGUUCUGGAUGAGAUGAAGGAAAAUAUGUUGACACGCAUCAAGCAGGAGAGAGCCAGCCGCACAUAUGAGCUCCAGAGUCAGCUCAGUGCCUGUUCCAAAGCCCUGGAGAGCUCGGAGGAGCUGCUGGAGGUGGCCAACCAGACGCUGUGUUCCUCUGAGACAGAUGGCUUCACUCAGGCGGCCAAAGACAUUAAGGAUAGCGUGACAAUGGCUCCAGCCUUUCGUCUCUCCCUGAAGGUGAAAGCCAGUGACAACAUGAGUCACUUGAUUGUGGAUUUCAGCCAGGAGAGGGAGAUGUUGCAGGGCCUCAAGUUUCUCCCAGUUCCUGCCACACCAGAGAUCCAGGUCUCGGAGUGCCAAGUGUGUGACAACACAGUAACCGUAGUUUGGACCUUACUGGAGCCUGACAGCAAGAUAGACCACUACAUAUUGGAACAUCGACGCACAAACCAUGAGGGUCCACCCCGCAUCAGAGAGGACUACCCCUGGAUGGUGGUGGAGGGCAUACGAGAGAUGGUGCACACUCUCACGGGUCUGCGCUUUGACACCAGGUACAUGACUUUCAGAGUGAGGGCAUGUAACAAGGCCGUGGCAGGAGAGUUCUCUGAGCCGGUAACGUUAGAAACCCAUGCCUUCACCUUCAAACUGGACGCUGCCUCAGCCCACCAGAACCUGAAGGUGGAGGACUUGAGUGUGGAGUGGGACAGCAGCGGAGGAAAGAUACAGGACAUCCGCAAGGAGAAGAACCGAACCAGCUCCCCGAUGCACUCCCCAGCCAGGUCGGCCCUCAUGUCUCCCAAGAGAGCACCGACAGCCCGACCAGGCAGAGACAGGUUCACAGCAGAGUCCUACACAGUGCUGGCUGACACCAUGAUCGAUGCUGGCCAGCACUAUUGGGAGGUGCGGUUUGACAAGGAGAGCAAGGCCUUUGCUGUGGGUGUGGCCCUGCGGAGCCUUGGCCGAUUUGACCAGCUGGGAAAAAGCAACGCUUCUUGGUGCAUCCAUCUGAACAACUGGCUGCAGCAGAGCCUCUCGGCCAAACACAACAACAAGGCCCGAACACUGGAGUGUCCAAUACCAAACAGCAUAGGAGUCUACAUCAACCAUGAUGAAGGUGUUCUGUCUUUCUACAAUGCCAAAACAAAGCAGCUGAUGCAUACCUUCAAAACUAAGUUCCAGCAACCAGUUAUACCAGCUUUCAUGGUGUGGAAUGGAAGUUUCUCUGUAGUGACAGGCCUGCAGGUUCCCAGCGUGGUCCAAAGCAGCCAGAGGAAGAACAGCGGCACCAGCAGCUCCAAUGCCAGCCUCACCUAGCUCCACCCGCUCAGCCAGCCCUGUUUGGCUGCAGCCCAGCCCCCUGCCCUGGCUGCUGUCAUGCAAGAGUCGUAUCACUGGAGUAUGAUGGUUUAGCCUGUUCCCCAUGUCCAUGUUGCAUCACAACAAAAAUUGUUUUGGGAACUUGUAAGUCAUCUGCGCUGUUUCAGUGACAUGUCUGUGCAAAUUCUCAGUCAUACAGGUCAUAGUAAACUGAAAAAAAUCAUCUGGACUUGGUUUUAGGUUUCUGCCUAAAACCAAGUCCAGAUGAUUUUUUUCUAUGCUUUUUUUUCUGUUUCAGUGACAGACUUCUUCAGAAGUAUCUCUGGUUGUUGUGAUCACUAGGGACAUGUCAGUCCGUCUUACUAGUUUUCCACUCUGCACAUUCAUUUAGCUCUGUCCCACUGCUGCUAGAGCCAAGACUUAGUGCUGGUCGCUGCUCUUCCUGCCCUCCUCCCACCACCAAAAUUGCCAGGCGUACUGUCAUGCAGCCAGGUGCAGGGUCCAGCCGUGUCCUGUCUG